AUGGAAUGUAAGCAGCAGGACAUCUUCGACUUCUCCAUCCGACCCACCGUAGACGACAUCUUGAAUGGCUACAACGGAACCGUCUUUGCCUAUGGCCAGACUGGUGCCGGCAAAUCGUACACCAUGAUGGGCACGAAUAUCGACGACGACGAAGGACGAGGCGUCAUCCCGCGAAUUGUUGAACAGAUCUUCGCUAGCAUCAUGUCUAGCCCCAGCACUAUAGAAUAUACCGUGCGUGUCAGCUACAUGGAGAUUUACAUGGAGAGAAUUCGAGAUCUCUUGGCUCCCCAGAACGACAACCUACCCGUUCACGAGGAGAAGAACCGUGGCGUCUACGUCAAGGGCUUGCUCGAAAUUUACGUAUCGAGCGUGCAAGAAGUCUACGAGGUCAUGAGGAGGGGAGGAAACGCCCGAGCUGUGGCCGCUACCAACAUGAACCAGGAGUCCUCACGAUCGCACUCCAUCUUCGUUAUUACUGUCACCCAGAAGAAUGUCGAGACAGGUUCGGCGAAGAGCGGCCAGCUUUUCUUGGUUGACUUGGCAGGCAGUGAAAAGGUAGGAAAGACGGGCGCCAGUGGACAAACGCUCGAGGAAGCCAAGAAAAUUAACAAGAGUUUGAGUGCCUUGGGCAUGGUCAUCAAUGCUUUGACCGACGGCAAAUCAUCUCACAUUCCGUACCGAGACUCCAAAUUGACGAGAAUUUUGCAAGAAUCUUUGGGCGGUAACAGCCGGACGACCCUCAUCAUUAACUGCUCGCCAAGCAGUUACAACGAUGCCGAAACGCUGAGCACACUACGAUUUGGUACAAGAGCAAAGUCCAUCAAGAACAAGGCAAAGGUCAAUGCCGAACUCAGCCCCGCCGAGCUCAAGCUGCUGCUCAAGAAGGCCCAAGGUCAAGUCACAAACUUCGAGAACUAUAUUUCUACACUCGAAGGGGAAGUUCAGCUAUGGCGUUCUGGAGAAUCGGUUCCCAAGGAGAAAUGGGCACAGCCCGGCGACAGUAUUGUCGGCGCAAGGACGGAGCCCAGGACUCCCCGUCCUUCCACCCCAUCUAGACUGGCAGCCGAGAGCCGAGCAGAGACGCCUGCUGCCACUGACCGUGCUUCAACCCCGAGCCUGACAUUGGAGAAGGAUGAACGCGAAGAGUUCUUGCGCCGUGAAAAUGAGCUCCAAGAUCAGCUGGCUGAGAAGGAGUCCCAGGUGACGGUGGCCGAGAAGGCUUUGCGCGAUACCAAGGAGGAGAUGGCCUACCUCAAGGAGCACGACAGCAGGCUGGGUAAAGAGAACGAACGACUUACAACGGAGACGAACGAAUUCAAGAUGCAACUCGAGCGCUUGACGUUUGAGAGCAAGGAGGCACAGAUUACCAUGGAUGCCUUGAAGGAGGCCAACUCGGAACUGACGAUGGAGCUGGAUGAUGUGAAGCAGCAACUGCUUGACAUCAAGAUGAAUGCCAAGGAAACAGGUGCAGCCUUUGAUGAGAAGGAGAAACGCAAGGCUGAGAAGAUGGCCAAGAUGAUGGCUGGUUUUGAUCUUGGCAGCGAUGUUUUCAGCGAGAAUGAGCGAUCCAUUAGCGAGGCUAUUCAGCACAUUGAGAAGCUACACGAGAUCAGCUCGGUGGGCAACAACAUUGCACCUGAUGAAUUCAGAGAUCUUCGUGCUAAACUUGUGGAGACGCAAGGCAUUGUCAGACAGGCAGAAUUAUCAAUGUUUGGCUCAUCAUCUAGCGAAAUGGACUCUCGAAGGAGGCACGAACUAGAAGAGAGGCUGGAGGCUAUGCAGCAGCAGUAUGAAGAUCUUCUGACAAAGAACCUCAGCGAGAGCGACGUUGAGGAGGUGAAGGCCCGCCUGGAGCACGCCUAUGCCAACCGACAAACAACUCAAGUUGAGCUUAUUGACGAGCUGAAGGCUGAUGCCGCGCAAAAGGCCGCUGAGAACUCACGGAUGAAGACCUUGAUCGAGGACCUCCAGCAACAGGUCAAGACCGGCAGCGGCGCUGCCCCUGUAACUAACGGCAAGACUAUCCAGCAACAGAUUGCCGAGUUUGAUGUCAUGAAGAAGAGCCUCAUGCGAGAUUUGCAGAACCGAUGUGAGCGGGUUGUGGAGCUUGAGAUCUCGCUGGAUGAGACUCGUGAGCAGUACAACAAUGUGCUCCGGUCAUCCAACAACCGGGCACAGCAGAAGAAGAUGGCUUUCCUGGAGAGGAACCUUGAGCAGCUUACUCAGGUCCAGCGUCAGCUCGUUGAGCAGAACUCUGCUCUUAAGAAGGAGGUGGCUAUUGCGGAGCGUAAGCUCAUUGCAAGAAACGAGCGCAUCCAGAGCCUGGAAAGCUUGCUGCAAGACAGCCAAGAGAAGAUGGCAGCCGCCAACCAUAAGUUCGAGGUUCAACUCGCCUCUGUCAAAGAACGCCUCGAGGCAGCCAAGGCCGGCAGCACGAAGGGUCUUAAUGCCACUACCGGCGGCUUCAGCUUCUCUGCUGCUGGCAGUCGUAUCGCCAAGCCUCUCCGCGGCGGCGGCGGCGACGGGCCCAACGUUCCCACCAUUCAGUCACUGCAGAACGAGGGUGCCACAAACAAGCGAAGCAGCUGGUUUUUCAAUAAGUCGUAA